AUGUGAUGCUGCCGCCCUCUGUACUGGAGCAGCAGCACAACAGCCCGAUAGGAAGUAACUACGGCAGAGCUUCGUGUUCAAAAUACUGUCAACGGAUCAACAACAACAACAAGCAGAGCGGUUUGCUGAACCUUGUCAUUGUCAGGGGCUGUGGGACACCCCCAGCCCUGGCCCACAAGGCCGCAGGUUAAGAGAUCCAUUCCUGGAUGCUGUUUGGCAGGAGGCCCACCAUCAAUGUGCUCCUAUUUGACCUCCAGAUCAAAUCUGAAGGUGUGAGAGCGGGAGGAGAGGUGAGAUGGAGUCAGAGGAGACAGAAGGACGCACUUUAGUGCAGGUGAUCAGUGAGAAGUACAGCCCAGAAAACUUCCCAUACUGCCGUGGGCCAGGAGUUGGAGUGGUAAUCCGGUCGAGUCCCCAGGGUUCACCGGUCAAAGAUCGUCUGAAUCUGCCCAGCAUUCUGGUUCUGGAUGGUUGUGGAAUCACGGAGGCUGGAGAUGAGGAGGAGGUGGCCACUUUCUGUGCUCACGUGGUUGAGCUAGACCUCUCUCACAACCAGUUAAAAGACUGGGGAGAGAUAAGCAAGAUCCUGUGUAACAUCCCUAACCUAGACUUUCUCAAUCUGAGUAUGAAUCCACUGAGAGGGUCGAGUCUAGAGCCUGGCGCUGCUGAAGCAUUCUCAGGCCUCCGCCGCCUCGUGCUCAAUAACACGCAUGUCACCUGGGACAUGGUGCAUGCACUUACACGAGAGAUCCCAGAGCUAGAGGAAUUGUUUUUGUGUCUGAACGAGUAUGAGAGCGUGAGUGUGUCAUCUACAAUGUGCCCGUCCCUGCGCCUGCUGCAUAUCACAGAUAACCAGCUGCAGGAUUGGGCGGAGGUGCGCAAGUUGGGCCUCAUGUAUCCAGGCCUAGUGUCUCUUAUCCUGGCAAACAACUCACUCUCGUGUAUCCACGAGCCUGAGGACUCCCUACAGAGACUUUUUCCCAAUCUGUGCAGCAUCAACCUACACAACUCAGAUGAACCCAAGUCUAAUGUGUUUGGAAUGACGUGGGUGCUGUGUUAUUUAGGUUUAAGUCGCUGGGAGGACAUUGAGAAAUUGAAUUUCUUCCCAAAGCUUCAAGAAGUCAGACUGAUGGGUAUUCCUUUACUGCAGCCCUACAAUGAUCAGGAGAGACGUUGUCUUAUGGUAGCACAAUUGCCUCACGUGACUGUUUUGAACGGCAGUGUUGUCACUGAUGGAGAAAGAGAGGAUGCAGAGCGCUUUUUCAUCCGCUACCACCUGGACUGCCCUGAGGAUGAGCUACCCCAAAGGUAUCACACUUUGGUAGCACGCUAUGGCCGCCUAGCCCCACUUGCAGAGGUGGAUUUGCGCCCUCUUUGCCAUGUCCAGGUAGAGGUGCGUUUUGGGGACCAGACAGAACCCCUAGAGCUCAGAUUGGAUCAGACAGUGGCAGACCUAAAGAAGCAGUUGAGGGCCAUGGUCCAGCUACCUCCAAACAAGAUACGUGUGUACUAUAUCGACCGGCAGCUUGGCUAUGCACUAGAGCCUCAGGAGAUGAAGUAUGGAGCACGAGCACUUCAUUCCUACAGUAUACGAGAUGGAGAUGAAAUCUUGGUGGUGCCCAAGACACAGUGACAGAAAAGAGAGCAACAACUGAGCACUGUUUGGAAAAAAUGACUGGUUUCCAGAGUUAUUGGAAUGCCAUCUUCCAAUUAAGGCAAUGUGAAUUCUGUGAACAGAGCACAAAUUAGCAUGCCUUAUGUUUAAGACUAAGAAAAACUGUCAUUCUGGUUUUCCAGCAUCUUCAAUCUUAUUUAAAAAUGGUCCCUAAAAAGAGACAUUGGAUCAGGAUUAAAAAGACCUUUUUAAUUCCCACUGCUCUGCGGAUGUAUGUAUACAAGACAAAAAAAUGUGUGGACUUUUCUUGUUUUGUGUGUGUGAGACUGCUUCUCAGGAAUUACCCCCAACCGCAUACAUGCCUCUACUCUAAAGAUUAUUUUACCAUUUAUUAAAGGUGCAGUAUGGAAUAUUUGUCCCUCUAGCAGCUGAGGGGUAAAACUGCAAGUUACUAGCAGAGGAACAUUAUUUUGGGAAACAUGUGAGUUGAGCUUCAGCUCAGCUCUUUAGCAUGGAUAAAUCUGAUGGUUUGAGAAGUACAGGUAUACCAGUGUGCAAACAUUUCAUAAGGGCAAAUGUCAUUAUCAAUAUCAAAACUGGCCCCCUCCUAAAAGAAAGAAGGAAUCUAAAAAGACAGAUAUCCAUGUCUUUUCAAUGUCUUUUGAGCAGGUAACUGUCUUCCAUUUUCGAAUGAUUCAUUGAAUUUAUGUUGCUCAUUAGUUUUACUUAAUGUACCCAGCAAAGACAAAUUACGUAAAAGUGACAUUUCCUGCAAAAUCGUAAAGUUUAUAAACCAUUAUUUUCAAUUUACCAUUGUGAAUCGGGGUAACAUCUUCUGACAUCUUGGCUAGAAUUGAAAGAUAUCAAAAUGACUGAAUUCUAGGUAAAAAAUAUGUAGAUGCAGACUGUGAAUGCUUAGAGCAGGAGAGACAGAUGCCUUAGGUCUUUUGGCUGCCUGUGCCCUUAACAUAGUGUUAAGGCCGUGAGAUGGGAUGGCGGGAUGGUGGUCUGGCGGGGGUUGGGGGCAUAGAGAAAGUGAACCCUAUACUCCAGCUGUAACACCAGCCACUUCUUUUCUGCUUGAAUUACAACAGGGUCACAUACAAUCUUGAAGCCCUCUAAAGUUUACAGACUUUACAUUCACAAAUGCAGCUCCCCCUAUUAUGACCUCAGACUGACUGCGAUCCCGUAGUCUCCUCUCUCACUGGUGGAAAGAGUCUUUGGAUUAUAUAGGUGCCAUAAUCUCACUGAUGUUUUAGACAGAUCAUGUGCUGUUAGAUUUUAAAUCUGCAGUUGAUUAUUAUCAUCCCUAUUUUACAGAGAAGGAAAACCCAAGGGGACCAAUAAUAAUGAAAAUUAAGUUAAUUAAAUUUUUAUUGAGUAGAUAUGCGUUUUGUUGGCUUAUUAUUUUAAAAAAUGUGAAUGUGGAAUAUAUUUAAUGAUAUAUAUAUAUCACUGAUAUAUUUAAUUUUGACUUUGACUUUUAUUUAUAUUUUUUUCUUUUAAAUCUUGACAUAUAACAGGUUUAAAGGAAAUUGAAGAUAUUUUUGCUGUCAUUUGAUAAGCAUGAAACAUUAGGGGAACCCAUACACAAACCUCAUUUUGUCUGUUUUAUAGCUUGCAAAUGACUGUCAGUGUAUUUUUUAAACACCUGUUCCCUUCCCAAAGAGAACAGUUUGUUAAACUUAAACCAUGCCCUUUCUCAAUAUAAAACUAAAUGGGUAAUAUAAAUGUGUUGCACAGAUUCAUACUAAUUUUAACAUUCAGUCUUUGUGGACUUUUUUUUUAACCACAGUCAGCACAUACCAGUCUAUACAUAUAAGGAAUUGGAUUACCAGGGCUUGUCCUAUUCAUUCCCAUACCAUUUCCCUGCAGAAUGGCUCCAAUGUUGGAGUGACUGAUAUAGUAUAGAGACUCCCUCUCUAGUUACCAAGCUGUCCCUAUGAAACCCUAUCCCAGCGGAAGGUGUUAACAGGGAGCUCAGAAUCCAUUAGGGGAGAUUAGCUAAAGAGGUUAUAUAUAUUAGUGCUUUUGAUGGGAAGAAGAGUCUGCAUGGGUAUUGUUGUGAGAUAUUUAGACAGCUUCGUUUCAGUGUAACCGCGUAUGUCACACUGAUGAUCUGUUAAUGUCUUCUCACCGAGAACUCCAGUUUCUGUUUGCACUUUAAUCUGACUCUGUUAUGCUUUAAAGUUCCAUCGCUGUUUUAGUUGUGUCCUAUUACUGGAAAUUUAGCUUGAGUGUCAUAUUUUUAUCCAAAUCCUAUGAUUAUACCAUAAUGUUGCCACAUUUAUUUACUCACUCCCUGUGUAAUUUUACUCUUCACUGCUAAUCGCAAAACCCCAUAAUGCCCCAUUUGGAUAAUAAUCCUGCACUAUGCCAAUGUCUCACUAGAAAUGCAUGUUUGCUUUUAUUCUCAUCUACAAACUGUAGUGUGUUUGCUUCCAGCAUCCCAUUUAUCCCAUCUUUCAGCAGUGCCUGUGUCUCUACAAGUUUCUCAUUGCUCAUAUUUUGUUCUUAUUGUGUUGUGGUUGUGGUGAUGACACUUGAUCCUCUCUGUUCUGCUCCCUAAGGACAUCUGGCCUGUAAAACCAAAAUGUUAACAGAGCAGGUGCUGACAUCUUUACUUAUUCCUGGGUCUGUAUAAUUGUGUUUUUCAGAGUGUAAAGAGGGCCAUUGGCGCAUGCCAUGGAUACCAAUUCAGUGUUAAUGAUUAUAUGAACACUGAUAUGGAAUAUCGUUGUAAAAGUGUGUGAUAUGUGUUACAAGUAAUGGUAUUUACCAUUAUGUGAAAUUCUGUUGAAUGCCAUAUUGAAAAAUGUUACAAAUAAAUAGCAGCCAAGGCUUUGCAUGAAA